AUGGCAGGGAACAGGUGCGGGGCGUGCGGGCAGGAGCUGGAGUCAGACAACCUACUGAGAAUCCAUCUGUAUCGCAAUGACACGUGCAGGGACACGCUGCUCGAGAGGCUCGAGAGUAGGGCGGUGGAGGCGUUGGCAGAGGCUUUGGCCGAGGUGAGAAAUAGCCCGCAUCAUUCGGACAGUGAGUCAGUCCCGGGCAGCCCCCACUCCGCCGACUCGCUGUUCAGAUAUUUGAGAGAGUUUCCCGAGCACGCGGAUUUUGUGCGCGGGUACGUGUCGACGUCGGACGAUGGAUCUGUAUCCACAGUUGGCGACCUGUUCAACACCCUGAACGAGCUGUACCUGUUCUUCAAGGACGCUGAUUUGUCGGACAGAGAAAUAAAUAGAGUGUUGCACAUAUUCAACCACCCGGGAUACGAUCCUGCAGCGGUUCGGCGCUGGCAGAACGUCGCCGACGUGAGGCGGUUUGGGGAGGAACACGCGCCAGACGACAUGGUGCCGUGGCUCAAGGCAGAGAUUGAGGUGCGGGGCCCCGGAGGAAGGUCUCAGAUGCUGGAACUGCUGUACAAGGACACCAAGCUGGCGGAACUGCCGGAGGAGGAUUCUAUGGUGCUGGGUGUCAUCUCGUACAACGACAGCACUUACGCGUCGAGGAACGGACGCCUACAGGCAUGGCCAAUGUUGAUGGGUUUGGUCAAUGUCCCGGAGGAGUUACGGUGGCGUGAGCCUGGGCACGCGCUAGUGGGUGUGCUCCCUUUUCCGCCAGAGUGGGCAUCGGCGACGGAGAAGACGCGGGUGUAUCAGGAGGCGUAUCGCAUCGUGAUGGGUCCGCUCAUGCAUGAGAGCUGCGACCGCAAGUUUGGCGUGAAGGGCGAGACAAGGAGUGUCUUGGUGCGCAUCCCGGGUGGCUCCACCUUUUUCCGCAGCGGGGCGAAUUACGCGGCGUUCGAGUAUCGUGGCAUGAUGCAGGUUUUCCCUAUUGUCAUUUCCGACCUAUGUGUGGGGCGCUCUGCGGAGGAAAGGGACCAGAGGGAUAAGGAGGUUCGUGCCUUCCGCUACUAUGCGGUCUUCUACAAGUCCCUGCUGGCUGUGACCAAGCACACGCGGCUCACAAUCGCCAUCGCGAGGCAGCAUGGCAUCUCACUGGUGGCUGCACUGCAGGCGACUUUCCCGAGGCAGAAGUCGAAUUGGAACUUCGUGAAGCUCCACGAAGUUGUACACCUCAUCAACGGCAUAUCCAUGAGGGGUUUGCCGCACGAGUAUUCCACGGAGCUGUGGGAGCAUACCAACAAGGGCACCGUGAAGGGCCCCGUGCGCGGAAGCAACUGGAAAGACAUACCAAGGAGGAUUGUCGAGGAGGAGACGCAACGCGAGAUCACUCGGGAGAUUGCAGCGCUGUCAGGAGGAGGGAGAACUUACUACACCGCCCUGCGAGAGGCUGUGCGCAGCAUGAAGCCCGCGCUGACCCGCACCAGCAAGGCCAUGUGUCUCAUGACGGCAGACGAUCCACUGCGGAUGCUGUACAGGGAGACGGUGGGCAGCGAGUUUGACAACAUGGCGACACUCAUGGCCGCGGAAGGCCUUCAGACUUCACGUGUGUUGGUGCACACCGCAGUGGCCAUCCCUAGCACGAAAGGGGGGUACUUGGUUCCGAAGGCGAUGUUCGUGAAAGCAAGCCCGAAGGAGAACUGGUUCACCGACAUUGCAAUACCGGGAGAGAGGGAGGAGGAGGAGGAGGAGGAGGAGUGGUGGUAUGCGCGGUGUCUCUGUAUUUUCAGGGCGAUGAACUACAGCGGGGAGGAAGGUGCAUAUGUAUUCGUGAAGUAUUACGAGGAGGAGGGGGUGUGUCCCCAAACACUUUGCCCCCAACUGGUGCCGGGGCGGAAGGAGGCCACGCACGGGAUCAUUGAAGUUGCAUCGAUCGAGCGCAUUGUCCACGUGUGCAAGUCCUUUACUAAUCCUAGAGCCGCAUUUAGAGGCGGCUCGACUACCAGAGCACUGAAUUCCAUUGUGGCCGCUGCAACUGCUAUGGGGCCUGGAGCUGCAGUGGAAGGGUUGAGAGAUGAUGAGGAGGUGACUGAAAGAGGGGAGAUGCCAAGGACUGAGAUGCGUGUGGUGGUGAGGACGGUAUACCACGGCUCACACAACCAAACGCCGCCACCUCCCGAUGCUUCUACAACCCGGCUUCUUUGCUACUCUUCCCCCUGCCCUGCUGCUGCCGCCUGUGCUUCCGCUACAACCCUUGCUCCGGUUGCACCUAGUCCAGCUGCAGCCUGCGCGUUUGCUCUAACCUGCGCUAUUGCUGCCGCUACAUCAUGCACUCCUGCUCUCACUGCACUUCCUCAUCCUGUUUCAUUCACUCCUCCUUUGAGCCACUCAUCGCCUGCAUCAUCAACUCCUGCUACACCACCAAGAGCUCUUGCUACGUCCUGUGCUCCUCUCACAACCUGUGCACCUGUUACCACCUGGGCGCCCGCUUCUCUUUCCCACCCUUUUAUAGCCAAUACUUCCCUUGAUGCUACAGCUUGUAUUCCUGCUGCUGCAGCUGCACUGCCCUCUUCCACCACGCCCUUCCCUCCUGCAAUGAGCCAUCCUGAGCGUGUUGCACAUCCCGUGGUAUCUAAAGCCACUGAACACGAGCAGUAUCGACAGCAGCAGCAGCAGCAGCAGCAGCAGCAGCAGCAGCAGCAGCAGCAGCAGCAGCAGCAGCAGCAGCAGCAGCAGCAGCAGCAGCAGCAGCAGCAGCAGCAACAGCAGCAGCAGCAACGACAUCUUCAGCGACAGCAUCAUUCGCCGCCGCCGCCCCUGCCGCCGCCGCUGCCACAGCAGCAGCAGCAGCAGCAGCAGCAGCAGCAGCAGCAGCAGCAGCAGCAGCAGCAGCAGCAGCAGCAGCAGCAGCAGCAGCAGCAGCAGCAGCAGCAGCAGCAGCAGCAGCAACAGCAGCAUCAGCAUCAGCAGCAUCAAGGCCAGAAUCAGCAUCAACAACAACAACAAAUGUAUGGGUGUGGGUGUGCUGUGGUGUUUCUCAUGAGCCAGGUAUGGGUAUCGGUGUGCUGUGGUGUUUCUCAUGAGCCAGGUUUGGGUGUGGGUGUGCUGCAACUCCUUCAGGGGAGGCAUCCCCUGAGGACACAUGGCUUGGACAUGGCGUGA